AUGUCGGCCGGCGCCAGCUCUCACCGAGACCUCUCGCCUCAAGACUCGACCUUUCUCUUCAUCAACAACCUGCAAGAACAACUUGCAAAGUCCGACUUUGUGAGCAGCAUCAACAACAGCUCCAACACCAACACCAGUAGCCAAUCCACAGAGUCGCAGUCGACUCGACUACCUCCACCACCACCACCACCGGGUCCGGCAACCCCGUCAAAACAACAACCAAAGGAUGGGGCCAGUCGGACAACAACGACCACCACCGGUACCGCGUCCGCAACCGCAACCGGGACUUCCUCGACGUCGACAUCAAUGACGCCGAAACCAGCCGUCCCCAGAUGGACGGACAGAGACAGCCAGGGCGCGAGGAUCACAAGACUAAGACCACCACGGCAGACCAAAUGA